GGGUUUUGUUUCAUUUUGCAUUCGGGCGGCCGAAGGGGAGGAGCAGCCAGCGAGAGCGAGAUGAAGACGAUCCUUUCGUCGCAGACGAUGGAUAUCCCCGAGGGGAUCACCGUGAAGGUGGACGCCAAGAUCGUGGAGGUGGAAGGCCCCCGCGGAAAGCUCACCCGCAACUUCAAGCACCUCAACCUCGACUUCGCUCUCCUCGACGGCGGUAAGAAGCUGAAAGUGGAGGCGUGGUUUGGUUCGCGCAAGACCAUGGCGGCCAUUCGCACCGCCAUCAGUCACAUCCAAAACUUGAUUACCGGUGUCACCAAGGGAUACCGCUACAAGAUGCGUCUCGUCUACGCUCAUUUUCCCAUCAACGCUUCCAUCCCCAACAAUUCCGACUCCAUUGAGAUCAGGAACUUCCUCGGGGAGAAAAAGGUUCGGAAAGUUGAUAUGCUUGAAGGUGUGAAGAUUUCUCGGUCUGAAAAGGUGAAGGAUGAGCUAAUCCUCGAUGGAAAUGAUGUCGAACUCGUCUCUCGCUCUGCUGCCUUGAUCAACCAGAAAUGCCAUGUGAAGAACAAGGAUAUAAGGAAGUUCUUGGACGGUAUCUACGUUAGCGAGAAGGGAACGAUUGCUGAAGAAGCUUAGUUGUUUUGAAGCAGCAGAAAGCUAGUAUGAAGACUGUUUGAACGAAAUUUUAUAUUGCAAAAUUUGGUUGGUUUGGUUAGUUUGGCCUAUAUUGUGUUUCCAUAGAACCCCAUGGUUGCUCUGGCUUUUCUUCGAGUUCAAGAUAUUUAGCUGUGGAGACACUCAUAUUUUUUUUGGUCCUCAGGUCUGAUUCUAUUGAAUUAAAUUUGCUGCAUUUAAAUGUAA